AUCAACUCGACAAAAGGAGAGAGGUCAAAGUAGAGAGAGAAAGGAAAAAGAGUGGAGGGAAGAGCAUCUGAGAAUGGGGGAAUUUAGCUGAAGAGGAGAAGAAAAGAGGGAAGAAAAAAAAAGGUCUUUUGGUGAAGAAAAAAGGGGGAAAUUAUUUUCAUUAGGAAUUCAGCAAAUUUCUACAAAAGACUGAUUCUUGAUCCCGGUAUUGCCAUUGGUGAAUCUUAGCACAUUUUGACCUCUUUGUAGCUACAAACACCUCCCUUCAAUUUUCCUCUAUAUUUAGCGCGCUCCUUCCUCUCUCUCCCUCCCCUUUCUCUCUCUUCUUGUGCAGUGCUAAUACUUCCAAAAAAGAUUUGCCUUUGUGCUUUAUUGCACCUCGCUAACAGUGUGUUUGUCUGUGUUGGGGCCCACUCAGUUUCACAUAUUCACCAAGUGAGGAGAGUUGGCAUUCUGAGGUCUGAAGGUUUGUGGGUGGAUUCUUGGUUGCAUAUACAAUCAAGAAGCUAUGAUGAUGCAUGGUGAAACCAUAAGCAACUCCGAAGGGGAGAUUAAAGUCAGUUUUGGCUAUUAUUGCAACGGUGAGAGCGAUAGUUCUUGGGAUAGGCCUAAUUAUAUUGAUAUCCCGUCUUCUGGUGGACUCCGUAGAGCCAAUAGUUCUUUCUCUUGCCUCUCCGGUGCUGCAUUGAGUGCUAAUGCUACGCUAGCUAACACAAAUAUUUGCAAUGGGCUGAUUGCCUCUGAGAUACUCCCGACUCUGGACUCUCCCAAUUCAUUCAGGAGGAUUCCAUCUCUAACAAAUAUGGACCUGCUCUCAUCUUCUCUCCAGAGCAACAUGUCGAUCUUGAGCUUAAGCCCGUCCUCACCAAGUGAGACGCUUGAUCAUGAGUCCUUUUCUCUUAAGUCCAUGAGCGCUCCUUCGAGAAGUGAAAGUUUUCUCAAUGCAAUGGAAUUGCAAAUUGCUGGAGGUGCAGCUGGUGAGGAUAGAGUUCAAGCUGUUUGCUCCGAAGAGAACGGUUGGCUUUUUUGUGGUAUCUAUGACGGCUUCAAUGGGAGGGACGCAGCUGACUUUCUGGCAGGAACGUUGUAUGAGACAAUCACCGCUCACCUCAACUUGCUUGACUGGGAUCAGGAUCAGGAUUUGUCAAAAGGCGCUGAUUGUUUGUACACGCAAAAUGGGGAUGAAUGUUUCAAGCGGAGUGUGCUUAGCAGCCUUCAACGCGCGCUCAAUCAAGCGGAAAGUGAGUUUCUUUACAUGGUUGAACAAGAAAUGGAUGACCGUCCCGAUCUAGUAUCUAUAGGAUCUUGUGUGUUGCUUGCUCUACUUCACGGGAAAAACUUGUACUUGCUCAAUCUUGGUGAUAGUCGAGCGGUGUUAGCUACCUAUAAUAAGGGGAAUGACACGAGGGACAGUGAGGGGCUGCGAGCUGUCCAGCUCACCGAUAGUCAUACUGUCGACAACGAGGACGAAAGGAUCCGAGUUCUGAAUGAACAUCUCGAUGACCCUUCUACACUUGUGGCUGGAAAAGUAAAAGGAAAAUUAAAGGUUACAAGGGCUUUUGGGGUUGGUUACUUGAAAAAGAAAGACAUGAAUGAUGCUUUGAUGGGUAUUCUUAGAGUCCGUGAUCUCAUAAGUCCUCCUUAUGUAUCUCUUGAACCUUCUGUCAUCGCACAUGAAGUAUCAGACUCUGAUCACUUCGUUGUGCUCGGGAGUGAUGGCUUGUUCGACUUCUUCAGCAAUGAUGAAGUUGUGAAUCUUGUGCAUUUCUACAUGCUAAGGAACCCUUCUGGCGAUCCAGCAAAGUUCCUAGUCGAGCAGCUCGUUUCAAGAGCUGCAGAUUCAGCAGGCUUUAGCAUGGAAGAGCUGAUGAGCAUCCCUGCUGGCAGAAGGAGAAAAUAUCACGACGACAUCACAGUCAUGGUGAUCGUCUUGGGGACGAACAAACGCACCUCGAAGGCGUCAACGUUGUGUCUGUGAAACAGGCCAACUUUUUGCAACUUCUUAGCUUUAGAUUCCCUCCUUAGAUAAAGGUAUGCGAUAAACUCGGGGCGUACAUAUAUCUUCUUAUAACGUUGCGAAAAUCGCCUGUUUGUAUGUGGAUUGAAUGUCUUCAUCUGCAAGGUGUAAUGCCUUAUGCCAUUCUUUUUUGUUUCUUCCUUUUUUUUCAUCAAGAGUCAAGAAGCUUGAUUCUGAAGAUUAUUGAAUUUGUGGUACUUUUUUUAUGGAUGAAAAUAGCAUUUGCAGAAA